AUGGCACUCUAUUCAAAGAAGUCUCCUCAGAAUAGCGAUAGUGACGUCGUUGAUGAAUCUGAGGGUGAAGCCCUGAUAGUCAAAAGCUUUAUUAGCCGAAAUGAUACAAAAUCUUCUGGACUUAAAAGAUUUCAAUCAAAGAUUGACAUAAUAGCGUCUAAAGGUUAUGAAACUGGAAGAAAAUCUGCUGCUGAAAAUAAAGAGGGCCCCAAGUGUUUCCAAUGUGGAGGAGCUGAUCAAUUUGCCAUGGAAUGCAAGUCCAAUAGGGUUGAUACUAAUGAAGAUUAUGAAGCAAAAUACAAGAAGUUGUUGUCCCCUCUGAAGAGACAGAAUAUUGAUGUAAGGAUCUUAGUCGCUGAUGUUGAAAACUGGGUGGGUAAUGAAGAAUCAUCUGGCGAAGAUGGAGGGAAUGACGAACAACCACCACAUGGUUCUAAAGGUUCUCCUCCAUUUACUGGACCCUCCACCUCUAUGCUUCCUCCUCCCCCACCACUACCUUCGGUAUAUCAUGACACUGAUACUAUUGGUGUUGAUGUUGAGGGGGAACAAUAUCUUCCUCAAGGGAAACCAAGUGACAUUGAAACUGAUGAAGAUGAUGUUCCUCUGAGCAAAAAAAGAAAGGAAACAAUUGCCCCUGAUGUUGGCGUUUCCAAGAAGAAGUGUAAAGAGCAUACAAUUUUUGAGAUGGAAAAUGUUGGGGUGUUUCUAUCGAAGUGUCUAGGGAGUAUGUCGGACAAGAUAACAUUCAAUCCACUAAUCGAAUGUAUGAAAGGUGAGAUUCCAAGAUGA